AUGGCUUCUUCCGGCAACUUUGCCUUACUGGCAUCCGACUUCCAGGCUUUGGCCUCUGAAACUAAACGGAAGCAUGCCGACAUUAAGGAGGCUGCUGACAAGGCUCUUGCUUUAAUCAGAACCUCACCCGAUCAGAUUCUAACCACCCUUCGUAAUACGGGAGUCCCGAUUCCAGGUCCAGCUGAUGAUAUCUUCCGACCUAUUUCGAUGGCUUGUGCGACAAAGAAUGCCAAGGUGGUCGCCAUAGCGCUUGGAAGCCUUCAAAGGCUGAUCGGAAUGGAUGCUAUACCCGCAUCCAAGAUACCGCAGAUCGUCAAUUUGCUUUCCAUCGUUUUACCCUUGGGUGUCGAGAUUCAGCUCCGGAUCCUGCAAACACUGCCGUCGCUUUUCACGAGAUGCGCACAACACCUCCAUGGCAGCUUAUUGGCUGAUGCCUUACUACUCUGCUUCCGUCUUCAAGAUUCACGGAUCGGUGUCGUGAGCUCUACUGCUGCGGCAACGUUGAGACAGCUGGUGAUGGUGGUGUUCGAAGGAGUAGCUGCAGAAGAUAAGGCGGUCAAGUGCCCUCCCGGAUCCAAUUCAGAGCCAGAUCCCACCCGAGCAGAAACCGAUUUUCUAGUUGCAAUCCCGCCCUUCGAAAGUAUCCACCUCUCUGGUGAAACGGAAAGAACCGAAGCUCGUAAGGUAGCCCUUCGCCCGAGUGCAAAGGAUGCUUAUCUAGUUUUUGAAGACUUGUGUCUCCUCGUCAAUGGCGAUUCACCUUCAUUCCUCAAACUGCAGAGUUUGCCCAAGACCUUCGGUCUCGAGUUAAUCGAAAGUGUGAUGACUGGGCAUGGCAACCUAUUCCAACAGCAUCCUGAACUGAUUUUCGUCCUCAGAGCUCAACUGUGUCCACUCCUCAUUCGAGCCUUGAGCGAAAAACCAACAUUCCCCCUCACGUUGCGGUUAAUGCGAGUGGCCUUCUUGCUACUCAAGCAGUUUUCAGACGAUCUGUUGGUCGAAGCAGAGAUCUUUCUUUCCCUGAUUAUCAAGACCAUCUCAGUCGAUCAUUCAGAAGGUCAGGCUGAACCUGUUCCGAUAUGGUUGCGAGUCUUGGCGUUAGAGAUCUUCCGCGGUUUAUGCGUCGAUUUUGAUUUACUUUUGAAGAUCUACGAGCGUUACGAUAUGCGCCGUUCAGACCAGACCUCGGGCCUAUUCACCAGCUUGAUGGGCACGUUUAAUCGCUUAGCCUCAGAAAAGCCAGCUCUACUUGGAAUAAAUCAAGAUAUCGCAACGGGCAGUUCAUCCUAUCAUAUCGGCUCCAGCGCGAACCCGGGAGUUCAAGGAAUGAUCGACGGAGUAGUUGGAAUCGCUACACAAGCAGCUGCCCCCUUAGUGGGAGCUCAACAAGGAGGACUCUCAUUGGCCACUGCGGCAAUGAAGCUGCAAUGUAUUGACCAGUUGGACAAAGCUGAAGCCCCCGUCAUCCCCGAGACUUACGUUUACCUUCUCGCUCUACAAUGCAUUUGUAAUGUCGCCGAAGGCUUCGCUGGAUUCACUUUGGUACAACAUGAAGAGUUCCGCCACUCGAGGCCCAGCAAUUCAUCAGAUGACACCCCACCCCCAUCAUUUAUCCUCCCAAUCGACGAGCUGAAGGCUGGACCCACUAAAGAACGCCUCAAGAUGACAAGGAGUAUGGCCGACGCCAGUUGGCCCGCCCUAUUAGCCUCUUUGAAUUUCUUCGUCUCGACAAACUUAGACGAAGGAUUAUUCACUGAGACUUUAUCCGCAAUGCAAAGCUUUACGUAUGUUUGUGGUAUUCUUGAUCUAACCACUCCUCGAGAUGCUUUUCUGCUUAGCUUUUGCAAAUUUGCUGUCCCGCCUGCUAUCGUAGCGAAUUUAAUUAUGGAAGGCCCUAGCGGCACUCCCACCAAAGCAUCGCAAAGUGUGCUCAGUGUCGACUCCCUAGGGCUUGGAGCGACCAAUUCACCCACUUACUUCAGCCCCCGGAGUCUGUCUUUUCUACGGACCCUACUAUCAGUAGCACAAUAUUUAUCUGGAGUACUUGGCAGCUCCUGGUACACUGUUUUCGAAACUUUACAGAACGCAGAUUACGUGAUUGCUGCAAAGCUCAAGAAAAGGACUACCCAACCUAGCUCUCAGACUUCAAUCAACACCAGCGGCACAACGGAUGAAAGCGUGAUCCAGGCAAACAUCCAAAAACUGUUUGACUGCUCCCGGAAUCUGGAUUCAAGUGCUUUCACUAGUUUUGUGACGGCACUUUGCCGCCUUAGCAGUGAAACGGUCGGCCUUCCUCCUGAACAUGGUGGUGCUGUAACGAUCACGCCAAAGACAUUGACCUUUGAUAUGCGCCGCAAAGCCAGUGGCGUACCGAAUCUUCGAAACUACCGCCAAAACGAGCGCUCAUUUGCGGUGGCCAAACUUGGCUCGGUGGCACUUCUCAAUAUCCGCCGGCUCGUAUUAUCUGACAGCGAAAUCGCCUGGACCCCAAUCACAUCGCAUCUCCUUGCCGUCCAGCGAUAUCCCGAGGCGCCUAGCAACAUCCGCCUACAAGCAGCAGACGUCUUUGAUCGCAUGAUACUAUCAGUACCCAAAUUGCUAAACAACUUGGACGAGACCCAACAGUAUCGCAUCCAAACCCAAAUCAUUGAGGUUCUGGGGCGGCAAGCUGCGCCUGAUCCCUCUACACAAUCUUCAACCGACCUUGAGGUUCGCAAACUCGGUUUCGAAACAUUAUUCAAAAUAUUAGAAAACAACGGGCAUUCAUUUGUGGCAGGCUGGAAAUUGAUACUUGAUGUUCUCCGAACUGCCUGCGAAACUUCAGCUACUCAAGCUCCUUCAGACUCCGUGACGACGAUCAAGCCAUUAAAUUACAACUUAGGAUCGAAAGGCAAAGGAACAUCAAAACCGAGCAAUCUACCCAGCAAACUCUCAAUUCUAGUCAGGAAUAGCUUCCCUUCUUUACAACUCAUCUGUACCGACUUUCUGACGGCUCUGAAGUUGGAGGAACUGCGACAAUGUAUUAGCGUUUUAGCAGAUUUUGCUCGCCAAACCGAAGAUAUCAAUAUAGCCCUUACCUCCGGUGGAUUACUUUGGCAAGUCUCUGACCACGUCCAAGGAAAAAACAAAGCUUCAAAGGCAGGUGGCGAGGAUUACGUCCGACUAUGGAUGUACUUGUUGUCAAAGCUUUUGGAAUUAGUUCAUGCGUCCAGACAAGAGGUCAGGGACGGCGCCAUUCAAACUCUCUUCCGAACGAUUGGCCUGUAUGGAAGCUCGCUAUCCUCCACUAUCUGGCAUGAACUUUUAUGGGAGGUGAUAUACCCAUUGUUGGACCUUCUGAGCGACCAAAUCAAGAAAACGCCUACACAACCAUCUGGAGCAUCUGAUGACAAUGUGCCUAUUGACGUUGCCCGGCAACCCAAUGGAGCUCCCAUUAGCCUCAAUGCAAAACAGCUAGAUGAUUCGAAAAUAUUGGCACUCGAAUCAACCGGAAAGGUGGUUUCGGACCACUUUGCUUCUCACAUUCUUGUCAUGCCUCAGUUUUCGAAAACCUGGGCCAACCUCAUUCAGCAUCUUUCUAAAAGUUUUACAUCUGAUCGGCCAUCCGUCAGCACAGCUUCGAUGAAGACUUUGGCUACGAUUUUGAAUACCAAUAUUUCCGGCGACCAGCAUGUCAAAGAAAUCGCCGCCGCCUGGGAAGUAGUAUGGAGCGCAUUUGUUCAAAUGAGCGAGAGGAUUGCAGCGGCGCCCUCUGAGUCGAAACCUGAUAGCAUCUACUUUACUCAAGCUGCUUUAGAAGCUUACAUUCAAGUUCUACGUCCGUUGCAAAACACAUCGCGACUGACCAUGAGCCACGCAAGGAUUCAAAGCUUACUUGAAAUAUGUAAGAUUGUCAUUACAUAUUCAGAGAGCCCAGACUUCCGCCCCGAUAUCGACACAUUACCACCCGUUCCCGCGGCAGUGAUCGCCACGAUUGACCGCAUUGAUCACAAUGCACCUGAUGUGUCUUCCGCUGUUCUGUCAUCUACGGCUGAGCUUGGCACCCUGGCAUUUGUUUCACCAUUCGAAACCACAGACACAUUCUCAAAUCGACCGUCGACCAUCAGCGUCACCUAUAUUGCCUUGUUCAAAGCAAUCCAACCCAGAUUAGUCAGUCUAGUCGAGAAAUUUUGCAAGAAACCAGACGUUUACAAUACUGGUGCUUUGACCAAGGUGUUAUCUUCUUUUAGCACACCAUUAAGAUUGAAAUACGGCUGUCCAGCGCCCUCGAAACAUGGCAAGGCUCCACCUUUAUGGAAGACAGCCAGUAUCUCUUUCCUAACAAUUGUCAAGUCAUGUCUGCCAUCAUUGAACGACCUCGGUCGCAGUGUUACCCAAGAUGCCUUUGAAAGCUUUUGGAAACAGGUGGUAGAGAAUUUUAGUUGUGUACUUUCGGCUGAUUGUAAGCCAGAACUCUUGCUUGAUUUAGAUCAACAACAGGCCGAAGAAAACUUCGACCUGGCGUUCGUGGCGUCUUUGGAGCUAGAUAUUCUACCGUACUUAGGACAUUCUCGGAUUCCGGAUGACAUAAUUCGAGGUUUGGGGAUGGCUGUCCAGAGAGCCUCCCGCCUGUACACCUUCGACCUUGAAAUUGAAAACAGCCGCCAACUGACAAUCACAAGUCAGCGCGGCCCCAGUCUUGCUCAGAUAUCCGCCGAGAACUGCCGUUUUAUCGACGACUUUGCUAAACAAGCAAAAGGCAACAUAUGGGCUACAACUGCUGAUGUAUCAAGGAGGCCGCGCGAACGAUUCAUCUAUUGGUGUUUUGAUCUGCUAUUCCUUUUUUGUAGCCCAGCUACAUCUUCGGAAAGUCAACAUAAACGUGUCGCCUCAAUAUGGUUGCCGAUCUUACUUACCCGAUGCAUCGCUACUAUCAGAGCCUACCUAGCUGAUGCUCCAAUUCGAGGAACUGUACCAUUCAAUCGAUUGCGAGAUGAGGAAAUAACGUAUAUUCUUCGGCAGCUGUUGACGCACUCUUUGUCGGAUGGAUGUGCGGGCCUGUCACUUUGCGGAGAAUACUCACCAACGUCGCCGAGUGGGCAGCCUUUGCUCUGCUUACAACCUAUUCUAAUCGACCUCUUGGCUUGCGAGAAUUCGGGCCAAUCUGGAGUGAUGAAGCAUGUGUAUUCCUGCCCCCAAACCAACGGUUCCUCUCUCACUGCAUACUUCACCUAUCGUGAUCUUCUGCAGAUCUCAAGCCCAGACGGGGCGGAUACGGAAGGGUGCUGGAGAGAUUUGAAACUUGGCCGGAUCGGAAGGUCAGUGCAGCUGUCUGAUGAUUACGGGGACAUCUUUGGCAAGGAUUUGAAAGAACUUGUGAUCUUGUGCUUGCGCAAGAUCACGCAGCAUAUGUCAUAA